GGGGCGGCCGUGGAGGUGGGACGCCGGCAGGUGCGCCGCGGCCCCUCCCCCGAGGCUCAAACCUGCUUUGGUCCUGGCCUGUGGGAAAGGCCGUGUUUUGAACUUGCGCUACUUUCUCUAAUCUGGGUGGUGACGCCCUUUCAGCUCGUUUAUUUGAAAAUCACCGGGACGCUGUUUCCAGCCUCCGACUUCCGGCACCCCGUGGUGACGCCCGCGCUCGUGUGCAUGAGCCAGCUGCUCACCAAGUGCCCCGUCCUGUCUCUCCAAGACGUGGUGAAGGGCCUGUUCGUGUGCUGCGUGUUCCUGGAUUACGUGUCUCUGUCGCGGAGGUUCAUCCCUGAGCUCAUUAAUUUCCUCCUCGGGAUCCUUUACGUCGCGACUCCAAACAAGCAUGGCCACGGUUACACUCUGGUGCACCCUUUCAGAGCAUCUGGGAAGAACUCGGAGUUGCUCGUGGUUUCUGACCAAGAGGACACAGCCACAUGGCAGAGGAGAGGCCUGUCCCUCGGCUGGGCCGGUGGACUGAAGGGCCAGACUAAGACAGAGGCCAACCACACCAGACUGUCCUGCCUGGCCGUGUGUCUGGCCUUGGUGAAGCGCUGCGUGCUACUCUACGGCCCACUGCCGUCCUUCCAGACCAUCAUGAGGCCGCUCGGAGCCCUGCUGACGGAGCACCUGGCCGACGGCAGUCGCCCCCCGGAGCUCCAGGAGCUGUGCCGGAGCGCGCUGGCCGACGUGGAAAAGCACGAGCAGUGCUGCCGGCCGCUGGUGUGUGAGAAGAGCAAGCCGCUGCCGCUGAAGCUCUUCACCCCCCGGCUGGUCAGAGUCCUCGAGUUCGGGAAGAAGCAGGGAAGCAGCAAGGAGGAACAGGAGAGAAAGAGACUGAUCCACAAACACAAGCGUGAAUUUAAAGGAGCCGUCCGGGAGAUCCGUAGGGACAAUCAGUUCCUGGCUCGAAUGCAGCUCUCGGAGACCCUGGAACGGGAUGCGGAAAGAAAGCGGAAAGUGAAACAGCUUUUUAACAGCCUGGCCACACAGGAAGGUGAAUGGAAGGCUCUGAAGAGGAAAAAGUUCAAAAAAUAGUUUCCCAGACAGGGCAGGGAGGUGCUGUGCACUGAACGUAAUAAAGGCCGCCUUCCCGUG